CAAAAAUUGUCAUACCAUCUAUUCCUUUGCAUUUUGCUUCAUUCUUCCUUCAUUACAAAUAUCAAUACGUAACAUUCUCAAGAGGUUCUAAAACAUUUACUAGCUAGAGAAAAUGAGCAGUGGAGAUUGGAUGUGCGCGGCAUGUCAACAUAUGAAUUUCAAGAAACGUGACAGUUGUCAAAGAUGUCAUUGUCCCAAAUUUGCGAGCCCUGAUGAGGUUUCAUCUUACGGGAUGAACAGAACGGAGGUCUUGGCUGGGGACUGGUAUUGUGCGACAUUCAACUGUGGGACACAUAAUUACGCUAGUAGGACCGCGUGUUAUAGAUGUGGUGCACAUAAAGAUUAUACUACUAUGAUGGCCGCAUCAACUGCAACGUGUUAUGGAUAUGAUACCGCUGUUGUUCCAGGAUGGAAAACCGGAGACUGGAUUUGCAAUAGAUUGGGUUGUGGAGUGCAUAAUUAUGCUAGCAGGAUGGAAUGCUAUAAAUGCAAAGCAAUGAGGGAAUAUUAAUUAAGAAAGCAAAUUAAUGAAUUCGAAGAAUUGAUCGAAGAGAUCAUGAGCCCGGCCACACUUCCAUCUUUUUUCUUUUUUUCUUUUUCACUUGAUUUGUUAGAUUUUUUCUUAUCUCUAGCCGAUUUUAAUUUAUCAUCAAUAUAUGCAAAGUAGUCUUCAUGCUUCAAA